AUGUUUCAUUCAUAACCAAUUAUAGGAGAAUUAAUAAACAAUCACGUUAAUUUAGCCAAUUAACUCAUAAAACAAAAAGAAGAAUUAUGUUACCAACAUUCAAAGAAUAUGGAUGCAUUUGCUGAUUGUAUGCUAAUUAAAGAGAAGAGAUUUAAGAAAUUAUAGAUGAAAUCUGAAAUAUUCAUUAGAUUUUGUGAAUUAAAAUACGAGAAUUGUCUAAAAGACAAGGAAGAGCAAGCUUGCUUAAAGAGGGUUAACAACCUUUUCGAUGAUUUCAAUUAUCAUAUGAAAUAUGAGAAUGUGUAGAAAUUAUGA